AUGGAUAUAAAAGAUACUUCAAUGGUUGCUUUAGUCUGUGUCGCCCUUGGAGGUGCCAGCGCCGGUUACAUCAGUGGCGGCGGUGGCGGUUUCGGAAGCUUCGAGGGCGGUGAAGGCGGCAGUGGCGGCGGUGGCGGACAUGGACACGCUUACUCUUUCCAGAACCUCCACCAGACCGCCAAAUCUGGCGAAAGUGGCGGCAACGGAGGCGGUGAAGGCGGACACCACUAUUACCAUGAUCACUUCCCAGAGUACAAAUACGAUUAUGCUGUAAAAGACCAUCAUACAGGUGACCACAAAAAGGCAUGGGAAACCAGACAUGGAGAUGUUGUCAAAGGAGGUUACAUGCUAAAAGAAGCUGAUGGCACUACCAGAGUCGUAGAAUACACUGCCGACAAACACAAUGGCUUCAACGCCAUCGUCAAGAGAAUUGGACAUGCCGAACAUCCUCAAAUUUACAAAAAAUAUGACGAAGGAUCCUUCUAAAUAGUUUUAAAAAUUUAGGAAUUCAAAGACCCCAACGAUCGAC